GAAUUGUGUAAGUCAGUCCAGCAAGCAGGACAACGAAUGCCGAAAUAAGACGAAUAUCGCAAUUGUUUUCUUAAAUCCCAAGUUCCGAUGAAUUAUUUUGAUAAGCUGUUUCUCUUCUGUUCUGUAGGCACUAACGCAAACUGAAGCAUAGCAUCUGUCUAUAGGUUCAAGGGUCAACAAGAGAAAAAUCAUUGAAACCCCGAAUAGAUCACGCGUAUUUCAUCAAUAAUGCCCAGUGGGAGAAAAGCAUGCCUUUAUAGAUAAUCGAUGGCUGUAUUUUGUGCUCAUUAGGGAGUCUAGUUUUGAGAUUAUUUAUUUGUCAAAAUCGCAGUCUAUAUCUUGUUACAUGUGAUUGUUAAUGGUUCCCUCCAAUCGGCGCGGUCUACAGUGAAAUCAAUAGGGCUAGAGGAAGGACGAGUCCGCAACACAACUCAUCGGCGCAGGCAGGGUUAGACAUGCACUACACGACUGCGAUGUGAUUUGACCACUGGAUUCACUUAGUAUAGGGAUAUAUAUUCGAAAGCUUUUUGACGAGACACAUCAAGGAUCCGCGGAAGGAUGACCAUCAGGGAAAUCUACAAUACGCACGUUAAGGAGGAGUUCCCUGCCUCCCAAACCGUACAGGCGCUAGAAAGUGUGACGUCAAAGAGAAUGACGGACAUUCUGUCGGAGGCUCCCUUCUCCGGCUCCGUGACAGAACAGACUACACGGAUUCCUGUUCUAACACAUGGAAAUGGACUCCAUCAGGAGAAUGAUAGAUUGAAAACGAAACUGUCAGUGACGAACAAACAGCGCAUUAAUGGACAUCGCAGAUCAUGUUCAGAAACGCCAUAUGGACGUUCAAUGCAGAAAAAAUCAGAGAUGGACAUUCAACAUGACAAAAAAUGGGAGUCCAGAUUUUAUGAAUCGUUUGAGGAUCCCCCUAUAUGGACGUCUAUACUGACAUAUAUUAGUUUUCUAAUACUCAUACUUGUUGGACAUAUGCGAGAAUUUUUGAAGAAACUAGGAAUAGGAAGAGUCAAAAACAUAUCUGAACCAAACAUUCCGGGUUUUGUUACCCUGUACCAGACAUGGGAGAGUUUCUACCACUGGUAUAUCUUCAGGCGAGGCAAGGACACGCUGUACCGGGCCAUCAACAGUGUUCCGGGGGCGGAAAUGGACGUCAUGGACCGCGUCACAGACGACCACUACUGGACCUUCCGGUAUACAGGAACGUCCACUCGAGUCAUCAACUUUGGAUCGUACAAUUAUCUCGGAUUUUCCCAAAACAAAGGACCGUGUGCAGAAGCGGUAGAAAAAUCUGUCAACGAACUGGGGAAUGCUAUCUGUGCGAGCCGUCAGGAAUUAGGUUAUCUUCAAAUUCACAAGGAGUUAGACGAUCUUGUAGCUGACUAUUUAGGCGUGGAAGCAGCAAUUACGGUUCCUAUGGGGUUUGCUACCAACUCUAUGAACCUGCCAGCUCUUGUGGAAAAGGGUUGUCUGAUCUUGAGUGACGAGUUGAACCACGCCUCUUUGAUCCUGGGCUGUAGACUGUCCGGGGCUCAGAUCAAGACCUUCAAACACAACUGUAUGGAAGACCUUGAAGAGAAAUUAAAGGAGGCGAUCAUAGAUAAACAGCCCCGAACUCACAGAAAGUGGAAGAAGAUUCUUAUUGUGGUGGAGGGGAUUUACAGCAUGGAAGGCUCUAUAGUGAAGUUACCGGAUGUGGUUCGACUGAAGAAGAAGUACAAGGCCUAUGUGUACCUGGACGAGGCCCACAGUAUUGGUGCUAUCGGGCCCCACGGGAAGGGCGUGGUCGACUAUUUUGGCAUGGACCCCAAGGAUAUCGACAUCAUGAUGGGGACCUUUACCAAGAGUUUUGGUGCUGUAGGGGGCUACAUUGGUGGAUCUAAGAGACUGAUCAACCAUCUUCGUCUGCGAUCGCAUUCCGCCAUUUAUUCCAGCACCAUGGCGCCUAGCAUUGUUCAGCAGGUCAUCUCUUCAAUGAACAUCAUUCUGGGCCGGGACAACAGCAGAGACGGCAUAAAGAGAAUUAAUCAGCUGAAAUGGAACACAAGAUAUUUCCGAAGGCGGCUGCAAGAAAUGGGCUUUAUAGUGUACGGAAAUAAAGAUUCGCCAGUAGUUCCCAUGGUAACCUUCUCACCAGCCAAAGUCGUGUACUUUUCCCGCUACUGUUUGGAGCAUGGUAUUGGUGUGACCGUAGCGGCGUUCCCCGCCGUACCCCUGGAGAAAAGCCGAAUACGGUUCUGUCUGUCUGCCUCCCACACCAAGGAGAUGUUGGAUAAGGUGUUGGAAAUGACCGACAAGCUGGGUGACACAUUAAGCUUAAAACUCUCCAGAAAAGAGCCGGCGGUGUAUGGGGACUCGGAAGAUCAGGAUGAAGAAAAAUAGCAAGAUGAAGCCCUUGCCAAUAGAAAGCGCCAUGACUGUUGGAAUCUAUGCAUUUAGAACCUGGGUAGAAGCGGCCUGAAGUUUUAGUAUUUUGUCUUUUAAUACUCAUGUCCCAGUCACUUAACACUCCAUCACACGUGUGCUUGUAGUAGCAGGGAAUGUGUGUACUAGUCAAUAAGUAUUACAACGAACUCAUUGAAUGAAGCGUUUUGUAUUGUGUGGGGGAAUAUUGAAUCAGGAAAUUUUAUUUGUUUCCGCUUUUUUAUUUUAGCUGGUAACGCAGAUGGUAUUAUCCAAUUCCGCGUGAUUCAGAGAAGACUUAUACUAGGAACUCAUUGGUUUAUCAGAGAUUAUUAUAAAUAAAUCAUUAUAUUAUAAUGAUUUGGGGAAAACAUCUUAUACACAUAUAUGUAAUCAAAGCAUGGGGGACUGUACUCAUAUUCAUAGAUAAUCGGAACUUUUUAUCGAUAGAUGAUGAGAAUGUACCACUUUAAAGAACUGGAGAGUUUAGACAACCGUAUUUAUACAGCUUCAACAUGAAAUCCCUAGUGAUGAAUGUUAUGGAUGUAUAUUAUUGUCGAUCAACAAUCAAGAUUUCUUUAUGUGAUCUCAUUAUACUU